CAGAAGAUUAUGGUCCUGUGUUCACUCUGUAUUUUGGCAUGAAGCCCACUGUGGUGUUGCAUGGAUAUGAAGCAGUGAAGCAAGUCCUGAUUGAUCAGAGUGAGGAAUUUUCUGGCAGAGGUAGUUUACCAGUGGCAGACAACAUCAACAAGGGAUUAGGAUCUCCUUGUGAUCCUACUUUACUUCUGAGCUGUGCUCCCUGCAAUGUGAUAUGCUCCAUUGUUUUCCGGAAUCGUUUUGAGUAUAGUGAUGAGAAACUGCUAACCUUGAUAAAAUAUUUUAAUGAAAAUGCAAUGCUUGUAAGCACCCCCUGGAUAGAGCUCUUCAAUGCUUUCCCCUCUUUACUACGCUAUUUCCCAGGAAGUCAUAAUACAAUAAUUAAAAACAUAACUGAGCAAAGAAAGUUUAUUUUGGAGGAAAUAAAGAAACACCAAGAAUCCCUGGACCUCAAUAACCCUCAAGAUUUUAUUGAUUACUUUCUGAUUAAAAUGGAAAAGGAAAAACACAAUAAACAUUCUGAAUUUACCAUGGACAACUUGAUCACCACUGUAUGGGACGUAUUUAGUGCUGGAACAGAAACAAUGAGCCUCACUCUGAGAUAUGGGCUCCUGCUCCUGCUGAAGCACCCAGAGGUCACAGCUAAAGUUCAGGAAGAAAUUGACCGUGUGGUUGGCAGAAAUCGAAGCCCCUGCAUGCAGGACAGGAGCUGCAUGCCCUACACAGAUGCUGUGAUGCAUGAGAUCCAGAGAUACAUUGACCUUACCCCCAGCAAUCUGCCCCACGUAGCAACUCAGGAUGUUAAGUUCAGAGAAUACCUCAUUCCCAAGGGCACAGCCAUAUUAACAUCUCUGACUUCUGUCCUGCACGAUGGUAAGGAGUUUCCCAACCCAGGGCAGUUUGAUCCUGCUCACUUCCUGGAUGAAAGUGGCAACUUUAGGAAGACUGACCACUUCAUGGCUUUUUCAGCAGGAAAAAGAGUUUGUGUUGGAGAAAGCCUGGCCCGCAUGGAGCUGUUUUUACUCCUGGUCAGCAUUUUACAGCAUUUUACCUUGAAACCUGUGCUUGAUCCAAAGCACAUUGAUACUGCACCAAGUUUCAAAGGGAUGAUCUCUAUUCCACCCUUCUGUGAGAUGUGUUUCAUUCCAGUCUGAAGAAAGGGCUGACUGCCAGGUUGCAGAGUGAGCCUCUCCAGCUCCAUCUACACAGGCUGAUGCUCUCUAUCCUGGCUGUUAGCCAUUGUCCGCCUCUCCCUUACCUUUAGGAGUGACAUUCUUGAGCCCUGCCUCUUCUAAUUUUCUUUAAGAUUCACUUCAAGUUUUUUUUGCAUGAAAUACAACAGUUUUGUCCCCAAUAAUUUUUUUAAAAAUUACAGUCCUGAGAUCUUAAGCUACAUCCCAUUUAUUGUGUAUACCAAAUGGAAGGCACCUUAUAAAUGUCAUAUUUUAUUAAAAUUAAAGUUGGCAAUUAUCCCAUGUGAUAAAUUUUUUUAAAAUGCACUCAUCUCUUAUUCCUAUUUAUCUCUCUAGGGGAAUGAUCUAUUGAUAGUUUGGAUGUAUAAUUUUGCUUUUCCCCAAUGUUUAUUAAAAAUAUAAUUAUGUGUUUGA